UUUGACUGAUGUUCCUUUAAUCAGUGUCACAGAGAUGACUGAAUGUUUUAGUAAGCUUCUAGAUGAAGUGGAUGAAUAUGAUCUCAUACAUGAUCUGAUUCUACAGGUACAUGAACAGAGAUGGCCUGUGCAUAAAUAUAUACUUGUUAACAGAUGUGCCAAUUUUCCUAGUCUUCUUGCCAACAAAUCACAAACUUUGAAUGAAAUGGACAUUCCUGUAAUAGAACUAAAUGACCUUCACCCUCAGAUAUUAGAACAGUUACUACAAUUUGUAUACACUGAUACAUGUGAUCUCUUAACUAUUGGUGCUAAAUUUGUGUUGACCGAAGAAUCAGCGAAGCAUGACGAGAUAUUUCAAUUAGACUUGGACAAUUUUGACGGAGAUUCUGACGUAGUGGCGGGAAAUAAAAAACUGUCUGCGUAUCAUGUUGUACAGCAAGGGAAGAAGAAAAAGAAACAUGCAGGAAAAGAAAAUCACGAGGAAAAUCACAGUCAUGAAAGAAAUCCAAUUAAACUUUUGUUGGAUGUUGCGAAAAAGUGGGGAGUGAAAGGACUGGCAAAAAGACUUGGAUGUGUGAGUUAUAAAAAAGGACAGAUUUGCUCAGCUGGUAAAAGCAUACCUAAAACAGCACUCAGGUUUGACAGAAAUAAACUUAGGGACACUAAGUGGGAAUUAUAUGAUGUCAGUAUACAGUCAGAGGAUGAUGUCACCUACCAGUGUCAUAAAUGUAUCCUUGUAGCACGACUUGAGUAUUUUCAUAGUAUGCUGGCAUCAGGAUGGAUGGAGACAUCAUCUAGCACUGCACUGUCUCUUCCAGUACCUGGAGAUAUUUUAGAAAUUCUUCUAGACUUCUUGUAUACAGAUGACUCCCAAGUUGUAAAUUCCACUCAGAAUGUAGAGUUAUUGUGUAACAUUCUGGUUGUAGCUGAUCAGAUGUUGGUGGUCAGACUAAAACAAAUGUGUGAAGCUGCAAUAGCUACCCUCUUGACAUUAAAGAAUGUUGGAGAGUUGUUGGAGUUUUCUACCAUGUAUAAUGCUGAUCAACUGGAGGCUACAUGUAAACAAUAUAUCAUCCUAAACCUACCUGCAUUGUUUGAAGGGAGGUACCUUGAUAAUUUAAGUGAUGAUGUCAUUGAAAGCCUGUCCAAGUAUUAUAAAAAUUCUAUUCCAAACAUGUCUCGCCGAAUGAUUACACCUUAUGAUGAAAGCCCGGAAAAAGCAUAUUUGGAAUACAUAGCAUCUCAGACAAAUGAAGAUUCUGAAAAUAAUGUGACUGGGGCCUCUAUUGAUACCAAAAAGAGUAAAUCUAAAAGAAAGAGAAAUAGAACGAAAAGUUCAACAGAUGAAGUGGAGAAGGAAUCAGACAGGGGUACAAGAAGAAUGUCAGAAAGGUUGUUAUCAGUCAGCUCAGAUGUCAGUAUUAAAUCAGAUGAAGAUUCUGUCAGUCUACAUGAACUAAGCAUAGAUUGUACAGGAGAUGGGAAGAUGUCACCAAGAAGUCCAAUAAGUCCAUGGGAUGGCAGUAAAGUUCAAAAGAGUCCAAAUCUAAAGUCUCCUGUUAUUACAAAGCAUACUGGGAACCAGGGUUUAAAGACUGGCAAGGAACAGAAACAAGCUACAAGUCACCGGUCCCCGGCAGGAUCUGUACAAACACAAGCCAGUAGCCAGGUGUCUGUAAACAAUCAGACUCCAGAGAAAGAAUUUCCAGGGCUGGUUCCUCAGAAAAAUCUGGAUAACAAUAUCAUUACUGGUGUAACCAGCAGUCCUAGUCUGCGUGACAUUAUGCUAGAGGAACAGAGCAAGAUAUCCAGGGAAAAUAGUGGUAGGAAAGCAGGGAAAGUGUCUUGGAAAGAAGUGAAGAAACAACAACAGCAAAAAGUUGCCACUCAACAUAAUACUAUAAACAACAAUAUUGUUAGUGCUAGCACAAAUGGGUCAAAGGUCAAUGAACAAAAUACCUUGCAGGGAAAUAGUGUAAACAACAAAACAGUUGGAGCUGCAUGUCCAUGGGCAUCUCUAAACAAAGUUGUGAGUUCAUUCAGAAACUUGAUGGUUGAGGAUCAACAGGCAACAGUUGAAAAAAGUGCACCAAAGGUUAAAGGUCAACAACAGGUCAAGGGACAACCUAUAGUAAAACCGAGAACAGUUGUCAACAAGCAAGACCAGGUGAAACAUCAGUCACAACAUAGUAAUGUUCUCAGCUGGGGCCUACCACAGAACAGCAAGACAUCAAGAACUUCCAGCACUUCACAGGCAGUUUCAUCUCCAACAGAUAUUGCUCCUCCAAGGAAUGCUUGGGGUGUUGAACCUGCUAGUCCAAGGUCACCUGACAGCAGUUUGAUGGCAUCAGCCAUGGCACAAAGUCCCUCCGACUCUGUGUUUAAGUUCUCAGAUAUAGUCAAGGAUGAGCAGCAGAAAACUGAUGUGUUAACUAAAACAACAAAUAAACCUCUACAUCUUAUUCAGAUUGAAGAGCAAGCUAUCCAGGAUUUAUUGAAGUUUUACAAGGCAGAUGAGAAUGUAGAUGAAAUUAUCACUGUGGAGAGGGUGGUACAAGCAUCUGCCACACCUGUCUGGAAACGUGAAAGAGUACAGUCUUCGUGAGGGUGGGAAAUAGUCGAAGUAGUUUGUUUGAAAGCCUAGGAUAAUAAACUUAAUAAGCCAUGAAUGAUUAUUUUAUGGGAAAUCUGUAUAUUUUUUGAAAAACGUAAGAAGUUCAACAUGCAAUGAAAUAUUUUUUCUAUAAUUUAAAAAGGGAGAGAAAAAAACAAUAUUAAAACAGAAAUGAGCCGUGUCACGACAAAACACAAUGCGUUUGCGACCAGCAUGGAUCCAGACCAGCCUGUGCAUCCGCGCAGUCUGAUCAGGAUCCAUGCUGUUUGCAUACAAACCCUAUAACAAGUAGAGAAACCAAUAGCGAACAGUAUGGAUCCUGAUCAGACCGUGCGGAUGCGCAGGCUGGUCUGGAUCCAUGCUGGUCGCAAACCCAUUAUGUUGGUUUUGUCGUGACACGGCUCAAAUGAUCAUCCUUUGACUUUUAAUGUUACAUGUUCUGGAUCUGGAAGAAGUUGAAAAAAGUGUAUGAAUUACAUCUAAAAUUACAGGAAAAUUGAGAGUAAAAAAUAAAAUUGUUCAAGUUGAGGAAAUGAGAUGGAAUAUAUGUUGCAUCAUAGUUGUCAUUGUAAUAUGUGAAACUUUAUGUACAAAUGUGAAAAAGAAAAUGUGUGAAUAGUCAGUGCUAGGUGUGAAAAGAAGUGCUAAAUUCAUCCAUGUUCACAAUUUAAGAUGUAAUUAUUGCAGAAGUGCACAUUUGGGAUUACAUGUAGUUAAAAUCAGCUUAAAUCAAUUAUUUGUGCAAAUGACAAUGUUUUUACUGUAAAGAUUUCAUUAAUAUCAGCAUGAAUCUGGGGUUAUUUUCUUUUAACAGACAUGUACAAAAUGUAUAUGAACAUAUUUUGUAAAUGAGAACAGAUUUAGAAGUUGAGAAAUUAUUAUAGCUUGACAGUGUUAUUAUGUUUAAUUUUGCUCAAGAUUUGAUAAAGAAAAUCUCAAUUCUUUUUUUUAAUUAUUGGAGAGACUGCUAUAGCUUUGUGCCAAAAUGUGUAUAUUUCUCAGUAUUUGAAGAUAUUGUGUAUAUUUAUCAUUUACCUCUGUAACUUUUCAAUUGAAUCCUUUCAGAUUUUUACAUGUAUAUUAAUCAGCCUCUUCUGCUACAUUUUUAUGUUCCUUUUAAACAGUUUCUACCUUUCACAAACAUUAAUGUAAAUGAGAUGUUCAUUUUUUAAUACUAGAUGUACAAAUCGUAUAUUAAAGUACUAGAUGAAUAUAAUUUUGUCUCCUACAUUUUGUAAAAGUGAUUUAUUUUGGUAUUAUGUACAUAUGGAAUUGUAUCAUAUAAAGUGAAUUACAUGUGGAAAGAGCUUGCUUCACUGAAAGAUUGCAGUUUCAUUUUAAAAUUUUUGUUAGGUCAUCCUAUAUAACUUAAAUUAAAGGUGUUGUUUAAAUGUUAGUCUCAUUGGGGAAACGCAAGUCCAUUGGCUUCAUAUUUCUUGACCACCAUCAGUGAUUGUUCAGAUCUUUAGGGAGAUUACAUUUGUGAAAAACUAGUCAGUUAUCUCCUUAAAGUUUCAUUGUUCAUCCCAUGUAAUCUUCUUGUACCAACAUAUAUUUAAUAAGGGACCGUUUGGACUUUCAUCCACCAAAACAAGUUUAAGAGAUGCCAUAUGACCUCACCAUUGACACCUGAAUUCAAAACCUAGCAAA